GCAGGCGAUUCCAUUGAGAAAAUGUUCAGUCUGGCUGAGGUUUUCUAAGCGCGCAGCAAAGCGUGCACCCUCAGGCUCGUGUGUUUUUCUUUGGAGUUAAAGCAUUCCUGUUUAUUUUUUUUAAACACUUAUUAGGAUUAAAGUAUAGAAGGGACCUAACCAGCGUGGAGAUCUGCCCCUUGAGAGACGUGUCUCCCUCCAUCGUUCCCUCAUUUGAUUUGUCCACCCUGCGCUGUUCAUCUCACAGCAUGGACAGCUUUUAUGAUCAACAGGUCCCUUUUGUGGUGCCACCUAAUAAAUGUCAGGCCAAGGAGCCAUCAUGCAAGCCACUGAGUGAGAGAAAGAGGAAGUUCAUGGACAGUGAGCUCGCUCAAGACACCGAAGAGCUGUUUCAGGACCUGAGUCGGCUGCAAGAAAUAUGGAUAGCUGAAGCCCAAGUACCUGACACUGAACAGUUUGUUCCAGAUUUCCAGGACAACUUGAUGUUCCAUGGCCCACCACAAACCAAAGUGAAAAGGGAAGACAGUCCAAGCAGAAACUUUUCCCCCUGUGGACAAGAGCAAAGACUCUCGCCAUAUGGAGAGAAGUGCCUUUACAGCUACAGUGCCUAUGAAAGGAAGCCAUUUGGAUUCAGUAAACCCCUGACAUCACCCCCUACCCCUGUAUCACCUUGCAACUCUGCACAUAACCCAGGGACACAUCCCCUGCAGAAAAGAGUCACACCUCCAGUCCAUACUCAGACACAGGGGAUACCAGCUGUGACUGGCCACACUCAUCAAAGAAUACAGAACACAGUUCAAAGCCAAAGCCCACCUUUUGCAGUGCCCCGCCCACCUGUCACUCACCCAGACGCCUCCUACAAUGCAGAUCACAGGUUCCACAGGCAACUAUCAGAGCCAUGUCUGCCUUUCCCACAGCCCGAUGCUCGCUCUGGGACUCCAUACCCACCGCAGAACACCAACCACUUUCCACGAGAGAACCGGCCGCAAUACCAUCGCCAAAUGUCUGAGCCGGUAAUCCCACUUCCUCCACGGGGCUUUAAACAAGAGAUGGUGGACCCACGGUACCCUGAACAUAGGGCCUCUAAUGUUGCAGCCAGUCGUGUCUCAUCGUUCCAUCACAUGCCCAUCAAACAGGAGCCCCGAGAAUUUGGCAUUGAUUCUGAAAUACAGAAUUGUCAGUCAUCCUUUGGGAAGUCAUCGAACUUCUAUCAGGCUAACAAUGAAGGCUUCAUGUAUGAUGGAGAGCCUCACCUCUAUUACGAAGACGCGUGUGUUGUGCCUGAGCGGCUCGAAGGAAAGUGCAAACAGGAAGGGGUGAGCUUCAGGGAGGGGCCCCCAUACCAAAGGCGGGGCUCUCUGCAACUCUGGCAAUUUCUGGUCACGCUCUUGGACGAUCCAUCUAACAGCCACUUCAUUGCGUGGACCGGCCGUGGGCUUGAGUUUAAACUCAUUGAGCCUGAAGAGGUGGCCAGGCGCUGAAUUCAGAAAAACAGGCCUGCCAUGAACUAUGACAAGCUGAGCCGAUCUCUCCGCUAUUACUAUGAGAAGGGCAUCAUGCAGAAGGUUGCAGGAGAGCGGUACGUGUACAAGUUUGUAUGCGACCCAGAAGCGCUCUUCUCCAUGGCCUUCCCCGAUAACCAGAGGCCGUGCCUAAAAGCCGACCCUGAUGCGAUGCAGGUCCCCGAGGAUGACACGGUUCCUCUCUCCCACUACGAUGAAGCCAGCAGAGCCUCUUGCGCAGAUGGCAGGGAUCAAUGCUUGGCAGGGCUGUCUUUCCCUGACGGCUACGCUUUCUGAACUGCUUUCAUCUCCGAUUGGACUCUCGAAUCACCUCCACUCAUUGAGCAGGACCAAACAAGUCCACAUUCACAUGCAUGAUUUAUUUCCUUCUUACACACAAACCUAAUUUACUGGCAUGUAUAAAUAUAUCACACACACAUGCUUGUAUCUUUUUUUCUGUAUUGUGUUCGGCCCUUUGAUCCUCUUCAUAAUGUCCUUUGAACUGUUUUCACCAAGCACACACAUUCUCUACUGUAAUGCACAUGACAUUUUGUCUUGCAGGCUUUUUAUUUUAUUUUAAUUAUUUUUACUUCGGUCAACACUAAAAUGGGCGCUGCCAUAUUUUUGAACCAGCUUCAGGUUUUCUAUGUAUAAAUCUUUAAGUGAAUACUCUAAAAUGGCUUUUGUGCACUGUUUCUUGUCUCUAAACCUGGCUGUGUAUUUCUCAGCUCUGUGCUUAGGUGAAAUUUCUUAAAAAAGAAAAAAAAAGUCUAUGGCAUCUUUUAAUGCUAUCCAAAUGCUGAAUUUAUUAAAGUAUGUAACAUGUUUUAAUGGAAAGUUUGUAUAAUAUUCCAGACAAGUAUGUGCACCUGCUUUUAUUAUUACCAGCCUGAAAAAAGUGCAAGCGUUUCUUCUUUUGUAGAAAUAUUAAAAGAGUAAAAAUCUAUGUAUAUUAUAUAAGUAUAUUUUUGCAAACGCCUGCAUUCGUUUUCAUUGUUGCACAAGCUAUAUUCCAGACCUUUCUCGCUCAAAUAUUUGUUAAAUUUACACAGUGGAAACUUGGGCUCUAUUUAGACAGAAAAUCAAACUUUUCUCUCUUUUUAAAAUUUUUUUUUUAUAAACUUACUAUGUGGGGGGAUUGGACUUCCUGCAUUUAAAAAUGAACUUGUCCAAAUGUGGAUUUAAGAGAAACGUAUCUGACAAUCUAAUCAUUUAAACAUUGCUAUAGCUGUCUAAAGUUAUCCCAGUGUUGGGUUUUUGUGCUCCAAUUUGCAUUACAGAGAUGUUCUAAUAACUGCUGAGACAUAGAAGCUUGCAAUUGUAAUGGUAUGGCUUACCAGUGGGUCUUAUUCAGCAGUACGUGGGAUGACAGAUCUGUAACAUGGGGUUUAUGGGUUACCUUUACAUCCACUAUUAUACUUUAUAAUCUGUACUGGGUACAAUAAACUAUUUUGUGCUUCACUUAAA